AUGGACGCUUUUACCGAAAAGGCAGUUCGCAAUCUGCCUUCUGAAGGACACGAGUUAAGAUCUCCUGGUCGAAGAGUAUCAAAAAUCUACUCCCUAAAUGGGAAGACGAUACUCUGUCGGAACCUGGGUUUCAAACCCGAAAGCCAUACAAUAAUAGGGGAUCGGCGGUUUAUGUUUGGGGGCAGAGGCUGGGGAAAUGACAGCUUGAAGAACAGACGGUUGAUACGAUACCCCAGGAUACAUCAUCUCAGCGUGUCGAGCCAUAUAUUAUACCGGAGCAUUGUAUGUAUCUGGCGAGACCAAUCGCAAAUGUCUCUCGCUUACUCCGUACCGAGGUACGGCGAUCGUGAUUGCAUUGCAUUUGUUCAAAAUGCAGCCAGAGUAGGAAUGCUUGCCAUGCAUAAUGUCGUGUGCAAGGCCCGUUUAGAUUUUUUUUAG